AUGACUAACACAGAUGGCGUGGAUCAAUACGGGCUUGAAGAUGAACAUACAUCCAGUCAAUUUAUAACAGUCGGGUCACCCAAUAAUCGCAAGCCUGGAAAAUCUACAUGUGAAAAUUCAAGCAAGAGUGCUUUAGUAGAGCAUUUCUUUAAUAUCAUAUUCAACGAGUUUCACACCGCACCGCCCGUGUGUGUUUGCGUUCAAAUGUGUCCUGACCAGCCAACAUAUUGCUACCCUAAUGGGUGCUUGAAAAAAGCUGAGCCGAGUAAAAAGGUUGAAGUACCAGUAACGCGUUUUAGUGAAAACACGAAGCCUAUUUUCUUUUUAGAGGAAAAGAAUGACUUCAUGCAUGAUCUUCUAAAUAAAAAUUACAAUGACGAAAAUAAGGCAGUUCCUGAAUUGGGUGUAUCAAAACAAGCUAAUGUCAUGCCAAUAAAUCAUCGACCAGACCCAUUUAAAGACAGAUACAAGAUUCUAUUAAAAUACAAAAAAAUGCCAAAAGUGGAAUUGAAGUACAACCUAGGCGAACAAGUAAAAAACGUAAAGUCAGAUGUUCUAAAGAAAGACAACGUAGAUAUUUCCAAAACAAGAUGGCCGCUGAAUAAAAUUAGUUCAAGUCGUAUCAGUCGACCUCGACUGUAUUCAGAAAAUCAAGGAAAUGACGAUUCAAAGUUUUUUAAGACCUCAUAUUCUGAAAAAGAAGUUCCAGUUUAUCCACCAAAGUAUUUCAAGAGAGAAUUGAUUAAUGGCACAAAUAAUAAUACGAAUGGAAUAGAUAUAAAUGUAGAACCAAUAUCAGGAAAAAGUGAAUUUGAUAACUACUCUUAUUCCUUAGAAAAACUAAUAGAUAGUUUAAUUGAAAGUAGUUUUAAGCCCAAUGAAACUGUUAUCCAAGUCGAUUCAAAAGUUUUUCAAGAAAGUAAUAAACAAGUCAUAAAAGAAGCUGAAAUCAGUACAACUGAACAAAUUUUAGAAACUACAGAAACUGCUACCACCGAAGAAGUAACGACAGAAGUACCGAUAACUGAAACUACUCAAAUCAAUGACAAUACCAAUGUUAUAUCAAUGAAUUUGACAAAUGAAAAUAUUGAUAAAAACAAAUACAUUGAAACUGAUGCUACAAAUAGUACAGAUAAUAUUAAUGAAAUGAUUGCAUCUUUAUCUAAGAAGAUAGAACUUCAAAAUAAUACAAGUUUGGAAAUAAUGAGGCGAAUGACAGGAAACUUUGAGUUUCAUUCAAUUUUUGAUAAGAAUAUAGGAAAUUCUACAAUGAAAGACAAUAUUGAAGUAAUAACUAAAGAAAAUAAGAAAAUGCCAGACAAUUUUAGUACAAGAACAAGAACAAUAAAGAAAGGUAGACAAAGAUUAGUUAGAAAACUCCAGAAUAGCAAAAAAAUUGUUGCUAAAUAG